AUGGCAACGAGGUGUAGUACAGAGAGAAACAAACCGGACAACCAGAACCUCACCAGAACAAGAUCUAUUGGUUCAAAGCCAAAGCCGGUUCCAUCAUCUAACGCAGAUGGAUCUGGUCGGAAAACAGUUGAGAAGCCUUUGCCUAAUUAUUUGAAACCAACGGCCAGCUCGAGACCUGACCCUGUCAAGUUCUUGAGGAAGAACAAAGCUGUUGAAGACAAUCAGAAGCUUCUUCGUAGACGAUCUUUUGAUCGUCCUCUUUCAUCUUCAUCAACUUCAUCAACUCGUAAGUCUAUUAACACCUCUCCUCCAGUACGUCCACGAGAAACGCCUGUCACUGGUCUGCGUUCUACAUCUUUCCAUGGAAGCAGCAGAGGCGGUCUUAGAGGAAGCACUACGGUGAAAUCUACUCCUGUGGCUUCAAGAGGACCUCCGGGUGUAAAGAAGAGCGGUCUGAGCAGUACCAGUUCUUCCAAGAGCAGAAAGGAAGGUUCUGAGAAUGUUCCAAAGAAAUCUUCUGGGAAAGAGAUUACUCUGGAAUGUUCUCCUCCUUCUCAUGAGGAUGAAGAAGAGAUUGUCAAGGUUGAGAUUGAUGUACAAGCUUCUGACCACAUAGAAGAACUGAAAGAAGAAGAAGAAGAAGAAAAAGGAGAGCUGGUAAAUGGGGAACAGUUAGAGGCGCAGAAAGAAGCAGAAAACACUCAAGAAAACAACAGUGAAGACAAGGAAGAAGUUGAAAAGAGAGUUGAUGUUGAGGAGAAUAAUAGCGAGACAGUUGUUACUCCAUAUAUGAAAGAAGCUGAGAUAGAAGCAGAAGUUAAGGAAGAGGAGCGCGAAGGCAGCAAUGUGAAAGAAGGAACACAAGAAACAAAGGCUCAUGUAGAGGAAAGAAUAAAGGAGGUGGUGAAAGGGAAGAAGGGAUCUCCAACAGCAUACAACGAUGUAAUAGCAAGUAAGAUGCAAGAGAGCUCAAGGAAGAACAAGGUCUUGGCUCUCGCUGGAGCCUUUCAGACCGUUAUUGACUAUGAAACUGCUGCUUCUAAGUGA